GGCGACACCAAGAACGACACGUGGAUCUUCUCCCUGGCCGUGCUGCUCAGCAGCACCCUGGUCUACAACAGCAAAGGGACCAUCGACCAGUACGCCCUGGACCAGCUGCACUACGUGUCGGAGCUGUCAGAGCGCAUCAAGGUGAAGGCGGCAGGCGAGGGCGACCGGCAGGAGCGGGAGGAUUCGGCCGAGUUCGUGCGGUUCUUCCCGGCCUUCGUGUGGGCCGUGCGGGAUUUCACGCUGCAGCUGGAGCUGGACGGGCGGCCGAUCACCGAGGACGAGUACCUGGAGAACGGCCUGAAACUAAAGCCUGGCAGCAGCCAGCGAGCUCAGCUCCACAACCUGCCCCGCGAAUGCAUCCGCCAGUUCUUCCCGGCCCGGAAAUGCUUCGUCUUCGUCCAGCCGGCCAGCAGGAAGGACCUGCCCCGGCUGGAGGAGCUGCGGGAGGACCAGCUGGAGCCCGAGUUCCGGGAGCAGGGGGACCGGUUCUGCCACCACGUCUGGGAGACGUCGCAGCCCAAGACCCUCCCGGGCGGUCACGUGGUGACCGGGGCCAGUGAGUGUCGGGAGCCCUGGGGUCGGAGGCUUGUGGGGUGCUGGGCAGGACAAGCUGAGAUGGGGAGGGUUCCCCCGUGGCUGGCACUGGGGGGAGGAGCCUGA